AAGAGCUGCCGAUCUUGCCGGGCUUGCGUUUCGAUUGUGUUCGGCCGUGCGCGUCCCCCAAAUCUGUAAGCAAUGAAUACAAGAACGGCCCCAGAUAAGGGGCGGCAGCUGCCGCGCAAGAUAGGCGGGUCCUCGACUGAUUGAACGACGUUCCGGCCGUGCUUCUGCAGGAAUAAAGCGCACCGCUUAUCGAUAUCGCCGUGCAGCUCAUAGGCGACAAACAAUCGUACACAGCCGACUUCAGUCCGCACAGCCCCACCGAAACACCCCGCUAUGGAAAAGCUGCAGCAGCACCGAAGUUCGUGGCGCCUGUGGGUGGCGUCUGCCGGCGCCUGGCUGCUGUUGAUCAUGUGCUGCUGCUGCUGCCCGGAGCCCGUGGGGGCGACGCUGUGCAACGAGCUGACCAUGUUGUCCGAGGAGUGCCAGUGCGACGAGUACAACGGGAGGCUCACGCUGCGGUGGGCCAACAUCCACGCCAGCCCGCUGCUCAGCGACCUGGAGCGGGUGGCCGAGGCCAAGAUACCCCUGUACGAGAUUCAGAUCCGGGACUCUGACCUGGAGGAGUUGAAGAAGGCGUUCCCGCAGUUCAUCAACGAGCAUGUGGAGCGGCUCACGCUCGACAACACACGUAUUGGCCAAGUCUAUGUGGGUGACAUCAUACGGCCCAUGGCGAAGCUGCGUAGCCUGCAGCUCGAAAACGAGACCAUCCAGCAGCUGGAGGCGAACAUGUUCGACUCGCUGCCCCUGUUAGACGAGCUGGCCGUGAACAGCGCACACCUGGUGUCGGUGCGCGAGAACGCUUUCGUCAAGCUCAACCUGAGCCGGCUUUGGCUGCGCCACAACCACCUGACUCAGGUGCCGGGCGCCGUGAGCAAGUUGCCCUACCUGCGCGAGCUGGACCUAUUCGAGAACCGCAUCGAGGUGGUCACCGACCAGGAGGCGCUCGUGCUCCAGUCCAACCUCAAGCACCUCCGCCGUCUGGUCAUGAACAAGAUGCAGUGUGACUGCGACUUGGGCAAGGGCGAGUUCCUGUCCUGGAUCCGGCGGGCGAACAUCAGCGGCGUCAAAUGUGGUGAGCCGCCGUCCCUGCUUAGCAAGGACGUGACCGCGCUCACCACCAAGCAAUUCUGCGACGGGGCCGCCGCGCCACCAGCCGGAGCGGCCAUCUUGGUCGCCAUUGCUGCAGCGCUCACCGCCGGCCACUUUGCCGUCUCCGCCAGCUGAGAGCAAGGCAGUGUGUUCGGGAUACGUGACUACAGGUGGUGCCCAAAUCCACGCGCCAGUGACGGUCGCCUCUGAGGGAUUAAAACAGAUCUCGAAGGCUAUGCCUUUGCUUGCUGGAUGCACCGGAAGUGAUUGCGCAGCCGGAAACGCGUGGUGGUCGUCACGUUUGAGACAUCACCUAUCACGACGGAAGGGCCAUGUCGCGUCCUGUUCUACUGUCAUUGUUUGUGGUCCGAGUGCAAUUUGGACGCGAGUGGAGAAGCGUCGACUAAUCCAGCGAGACGAAGUGAACGGAACGUUGUCGUCGAAGUGCGGGCACAAACCAUUACGAGUUCACGCGAUAGUGUAGACAUUGUGGUGCAGGCGCCAAGAUAAAACUCUACUGGUGCCAGUUUUUCUUGUAUAAUUAAAUAAGAAAGAUAAAGAAGAUGCUAAUAUAACGUUCUAAUAAAUGACUACCGUUUUAUCAACCAUG